AUGGACUCGCCUUACGAUCUUCUCUGUCCAAACCAGACGGAGGAGUAUAACGGCCACUAUGGGAAAAGCGGGACCAAGUGCCUCCCAUUGGCUUGCCUAGGAUACUCAGAGUUGCUGCAAGGAAAGGGUAAGACGGUGGCGGAGGACCUGGAAGAGAUUGAAGGGAAUGAUAAGGCAGAGAAAAACCGGGUUGCGAACGAGAGCGACGACCAGGACAAAGCAAAUGAAGGUUUCGAUACAUUUGAAAAAGAGGGAAAAGGGGAGGACUGGAAGAUUCCGGACAGCAAACAACAGGACCCUGAAGCAUUGGUCAGGUCUUCGGGAAAAUAUUCCAUGCUCUUGGACAAGAUGGAAGGUGAAAAUACGUACCGACGGAUCGGGAUGUUCAUUGAACUUCGAACGGUUCGUGAGGAUGAGCCUCCGCGACCCAUGUCCGCACUUUGGAGAGAGAAACCGAGUGUUCUGGAUCCUGGUGGUGGGGUUGAGACGAACUUGACCAUCAAGUAG